CUUACAAUGUCACCUCCUACCACCUUCACCUCUUUCAUUAUAAAUAACACCUUCACCCUCCACAUUUCAUCUCACCAAUUUAUUUUCAGCAAUCUCUCUUAAGCAUUCUCGCAAAUACUUCUCUCAGAAUUUUAAUUUCUUUCACAAAAGCAACUUAAAAAUAUGGCACCAGAGCUUGUUCCAACCGCUGCAAAAUCAGUUACCGGAUUCACGAAGCCAGUGACGAUACCAAAACGUGCGUAUGUAACGUUUCUUGCCGGUAACGGUGAUUACGUGAAAGGUGUAAUAGGUUUGGCGAAAGGUUUGCGGAAGGUGAUGACGGCGUAUCCGCUGGUUGUGGCGGUGCUUCCAGAUGUACCGGAGGAACACCGUGAGAUGUUGGAAGCUCAGGGAUGUAUUGUCCGUGAGAUUGAACCGGUUAACCCACCCGAAAAUCAGACUCAGUUUGCUAUGGCGUAUUACGUCAUCAAUUAUUCCAAACUCCGUAUAUGGGAGUUUGUGGAAUACAGCAAGAUGAUAUACUUGGACGGAGACAUUCAAGUUUAUGAAAACAUAGACCAUCUCUUUGAUCUACCAGAUGGUCAUUUCUACGCUGUUAUGGAUUGUUUUUGCGAGAGAACUUGGAGUCACACACCACAAUACAAAAUCGGUUAUUGUCAACAAUGUCCAGAAAAAGUUCAUUGGCCAAAGGAAAUGGGUCAACCUCCUUCACUUUACUUCAAUGCUGGCAUGUUCCUGUUUGAGCCAAGCAUUGAUACUUACCACGAUCUUUUGAAGACACUUAAAGUUACUCCUCCUACUCCUUUUGCUGAACAAGAUUUCUUGAAUAUGUAUUUCAAGGAUAUUUAUAAGCCAAUCCCAUUUGUUUACAAUCUUGUUCUUGCUAUGUUAUGGCGUCACCCUGAAAAUGUUGAGCUUCAUAAAGUCAAGGUUGUUCACUAUUGUGCAGCGGGAUCAAAGCCUUGGAGAUACACAGGGAAGGAAGAAAACAUGCAAAGGGAGGAUAUAAGAAUGCUAGUCAAGAAAUGGUGGGAUAUUUACAAUGAUUCAUCUCUUGAUUACAACAAGAAUUUGAGUGGAAGUGGUGAAGUACAAACGAAUGGUUUUGAAAUUGAGCCAUUCGUACAAGCAUUGUCUGAGGUAGGUCGUGUUCAAUAUGUCACAGCACCUUCAGCAGCUUAAACUGAGCUGUUUUUUGGUGACCAUUCAUUCGUGCAAUGGAAGCAAAAACAUAAAAAAUGAAGUAAGGAAUAACGAUGGAAAUUAUUAUGGAAGUGAGUAAAAAGUUUAGGUGCAACCGUUCAAGAAUUUUUUUCAAGACAAGGGGAAAUGGUUGGUGCUAUAUUUCAGCUUUUGUGUGUUUUUAUUUUAUUUUUUAAAUUUGGGAAUUUUGUUUGACUUCAGUUUUGUUUAUAUGGGUUUGGUUCUGGCUUGUAAUUUUCAAAUAUGUACAUUAUGUUCUUGUUUUUUAUUUUUGAUUCUGUUGUUGGUUUUUGUAAUAUAUAUCAAGGGCAAUUGCUUCGUUGUAAAGGGAAAUGUGAAUCAUGAAAUGCAAAUGCGAUGGAAUUUUAUUGUGUAAA